AUGGCGGCCGCAGUUCCAUUUAAUGUUGUUUUUGGAAUUAACGAAACUCCUUUAACUCGGGCUCUGGAGUCGAGACGUUUUGACGAAGCCCUAGAAUUUAUCGAAAGCCGUUAUGGAAUGUGCUUGGAUGAGGGAUUUUACCAAAGGAUUCCGCUUUUUAUAGUUCUUUCAGGUGAAAAUUCUGCGGUGGAUGGAGAAGCCAUGCCGAUUCACUUGAAGAUCGCGCGACGAUUAAUAGAAAGAGGUGCAGAUCCAAAUUUGAGAAUUCCAGAGACUUGUGGUGCAGAAUACAUGGGGCCAGGAAGAUCACCACUGGAAUGUGUGGUGAACUUUUACAAUCUUGUUACAACCAACAACAGUUUACUAACCAAAGAAGCUGUCUCCACAUACAAUGCUUUAUCUCUGAAUGGAAAAUGCAUAAAACAAACAGCAGACCUAGUUGAAGAACUGGUAAAUGUGGCUUGGUUUUUGUUAGGCCAUGGAGCUCAAGUUGAUGUUAGAGACAUAGAAAUGAAGACUCCACUACAUUCAACACUAUUAAGAUCGCAAGAUUUACGUAUGGCACAGGCCUUAUGCGACAGUGGUGCUGAUCUUAUGGCUAGUGAUUGCCAUGGUAACACACCCCUUAUGUCUCUUUGUUGUCCAUUGCCAUGGCGAGAUGGUAUUGAGCAAGGACCUUGUUUCAAUCAUGACAUCAGUGAAGCUGUUCACUUUUUGUUAUCAUUUGAAAAUGUGAAGAUUGACCACUGUGGAAUUCACAGUAGAACUGCUCUAUUUUAUGCCAUGCAGUCUGGUAACUUUAAAGUUGCUAAGAUUCUUCUUGAUCAUGGAGCAGAUCCAAGUUUGCGGGGCUUGGGACCUGAUGGGAGAUAUAUUUCUCCCCUUCUGGCAUCAAUCAUUCCAUGGUCUGCGAUUGGACGAAAGGACAUGGCUGUAGUUUGCAGCAAAGUUGCUCCACUUGUGGAUAAAGGUUACUUUUCCACCAAAGAAAUCCUACUAGAACUUUUGGAAUACACAUCUUGGGGGAGUGCAAAUGAUGUGGCACUACUGAACCUUAAGAAAUUUGGAGUCAGCUUAAUUCUAUUGUUGUUUGGUCAGAGUACAUGUAGAUUGCGUCAACUGGCAUCAAGGGUGUACGUUAGGAGCUCAUUCACAGUUGAAGAAUUUGGACUUUUGAAUUCCAGCGAGGUAGCUUGUUUGGUAAGAAAGCAAAGUCUACCCACAGAAAUAGUGACAGAUUUUCAAAUUGUCUUGUUGAGGCAGAAGAUCUUAAAUUCCCUGUCUGAAACAGACUGGGACUUGUGGGACAUGGAAGAAUUUAUGUUGGAUGAGAGCAGUGAAUAUGACGAAUCAGAUGAUGAAUACUGGUGAGGAAUAUUGUCCCAUCCUGCCGACAAGGCCUGCCUGCCUUACCUGCAGGCUUUUGUAGUAGAACAGUGGGAACCCAAGAAUCUGAGUGUAAGAUUUGAUGUAAAAGAGCUGAAACUUACCGCUAACGAUGAUCUUGUGGUCUCAGGGGCAUUAGCAGGCCAGGCACCUCCAUGGCUCAUAACAGAUACCAAUGUAGUUCAUUGUGGUACACUUUACAAACUAUAAUAUGAGAGCUUAUUUUUUUCAAAUUUUCUUCAUCUUAAGUGAUAUCAAGUAGGCGCUAUUUAUCCUUUCUAGACGGUCCAUUCACAACACAGAUUGUCUUCCGUUUCCUUCAUGUCCAUAGUGGCCCACACUCCAAAAGCCCUCGUUACUGGUCUCUUCCUAACAGUAGAGAGAUUAAGCAUCGCGUUUACGUGAGUCGUGAACGGCAAGAGUGACCGCGUGACCUUGUUUUCCCGCCAUUUUUCACGUCUGCCGGUUGCGCUUAGCCGUUUCUACGUGAAAGUAACCUGUUUCGUGUUUGCUGCGUACACAAGAUUUUCUCUCCCAUAGAGUUGAGGUUAAUUGCCGGAAAAAGGACACUAAAACUAUUCCUUGUAAGUCAUACAAGGGCGCCUUAAAUCCACCAUGA